AUGAAGUCCGCACUGUUAUUAUUGAAAAUAAUCUUUGUUCUUUUAAUAAUUUCUGACUAUGGAAGUGCGUUGUACACAAAUUGUGGUGGGCUACUGGAAGCGGAGAAGGGGAACAUUCAGACUCCCAAUUUUCCAUCCCCUUUUCCAACACCCAUCAAUUGCGCCUGGGUGAUACAUAACCCACAUCCGGAGAAGAAGAUUAUUUUAUACUUCACACAAUAUUUUCUCAAAAAUUCAUUCCACCUCUCAGAAUAUGAUGAAUAUAUCAGUGAGCAUGAUAAUAAAGGAAUAAAAUAUCUUGGAGAAAUGAAUUACAUCAACCAGUUUUCAUCAAUGGCUGCCUACAAGCCGUAUCUAGUGAUACGUUUUAAAGUACGUGAUAUGGGAAAUAUGCAUUUAAGAGUUGAGGAAUUUUUAAAAGAUGUAUACGGAUUUAAUAUCACAUAUGAAGUAGUGAAUAAGGAACAAAAUAUAAAAGAGGCCUGUUCAGCUCAUAAUUGCUCAUUCCUUGGACAUUGUGUAGCUAAUUCCAUCUUUUCUGAUUAUAAAUGCCAAUGUUUUCCGACAUUCUUUGGGGAUUACUGUCAGUAUGGACCAUUCUGUGAUCCAAGUAAUGGAAAGAAUAUGUGUCAAAAUGAUGGACAAUGCAGGUAA